AUGGAGACAAAACGAAGCGUGUACCUGCAGGAUAUGGACCAAGUGAGGAAAGUGUUCAACAAGUUCGAUGCGGAUGGAAGCGGCACCAUAUCGCUGACGGAGCUGAUCGACGUGCUGAAGGCCCUGGGAUCCUACACGUCCGACGACGAGGUGAAACGAAUGAUGGAGGAGAUCGACACCGAUCACGACGGCCUUAUCAACUGGGAAGAGUUCUCCAGUUUCUGCAAAAGUUCCGAUGAAGACAGCAGCAGGGCCGAAGAAGACCUCAAGGAGGCCUUCGACCUCUACGAUCAGGACAAGGAUGGUAAUAUCUCCUCCACCGAGCUCCACCAGAUCCUGAACCGGCUCGGCGAGAAGUGCUCCGUUCAGGAUUGUACCAAAAUGAUCCAGUCUGUUGACUCCGAUGGCGAUGGUUUCGUCAGCUUUCAGGAAUUUAAGAUUAUGAUGAGCAGAUCCUCCCAGCCUGACGCCUAA